UUAGUCGCACAAAAUUAUCUUGUAUUCAUUCUUUACGUUAUAGCUUGCCGAAAGAGUUAGACGAUGUUCCACUUGCGACAAAUUCCUAGAGCCCUCGUGGUGAAUUGUAGGCAAGUGUCUUCGUUACAAAGUAACCCUUUAGUGGGUAUAACAGUGGAUGAUGAAGGGAUAGCUACAGUACAAAUGCAAAGGGUGAAAGUGAACAGUUUAAACGUGGAAUUAUUGCAAGCGUUAAGAGACUCGAUAUGUGAAGUUGAAGAAAAAAAGUGUAAAGGCAUGGUUUUGACUUCGGUAUUCCCCACAGUCUUCUCAGCGGGUCUAGAUUUGAAUGAAUUUCAUAAACCUGACGUUAAGAGGCUGACUCUGAUGAAUGAAUGUAUUUUCCACGCCUCUGAAAAACUAUUUGGAACAGACCUGAUUACCACUAUUGCUAUCAAUGGUUACACAGGAGCCGGUGCCUGCAUUCUGGCGCUAGUUUCCGAAUACCGCGCAAUGACAACGGGCCAAGCUACCAUAGGUCUGAAUGACACAGCUGUGGGAAUCAUACCGGGGAAGUGGAUAUAUGAGCUGAUGGCGAGGGUCAUGAGCCCCAGGCAUGCGGAACAUGCCCUUACCAGCUCCUUUAUGUAUCCUGCGGAAAGAGCUUUGGAGGUUGGAUUAAUUGAUGCCGUAGCAACAGACAAAAAUGACGCAAUAGAAAAAUGUAAAACCUUCAUUAGAUCUUACGACAACAUACCACCAGAAGUCAGGGCUGCUACAAAAAGAUUCAUUAGAGAAGAUUUCCUCAAAUAUAUAGAACAGACUCGGAAACAAAAUUUGGCGGGUCUCGUGGAGAAAAUAACAAACCCCGCUUUUCAAGUAACCGUCGAUCAGUAUCUUCAAAAUUUGAAAAACAGAAAGGCUGCUAAAAGUGCUGCAUGAAGAUAAAGCAGUAAAAAAUAUUUUUUAUAUUCCUCUGGGACACAUUAUUUUGUAAUCUAAUUUGAAAUAUUGAAUGUCUCUCGUACACAUAAUAAAACUCGAAUUUCUCAGCAA